AUGAUGAUGGAAUAGAUACAUUUAAAAAAGAUUUAUUAAAGAUAGUUGAUAUUUUAGGAGAAUAUUAUCAAUGAAGUAAAAGAUGCAAUGAUUUAAUUUUUUAUUUAAUCUGCUAAACUAUUACCUCUUAAAUCUGGAAUUUAUGCUACAAUACUGGGCUCUCUUGUCUACAAAAUAAGUAAUUUUAAGUAGAUAUCAUAUAACAGGUAACUUAAUCUUUGACUGAUCAAAUCAUACUUGGAUUAUUGGAACAUCUAUAAUAAAUUGCUUAAGAGGAAACAUCAAUUUUAGGAUAAACAAUUUUGAAGUUCUUAAGUGAAUUAAUGAAUGUUGGUUUACUUAAUACGGUAAGUUUUGUAGAAUGUUUGUAUGAUUUACAAAGAGGAGCUGAGAAUGAAAAUUCACCUUUCUAUUUAUAAAUUCUACUAACUACUUUUCCUCAUGUUUUGAGAAAGGCUAUGGAGAAAAAUCAAAUUGAAUUUAAGAAUAUUAUUCAGAAUGUGGAAGUUUUAAUGUCUAAAAGGAAAACUGAAGAUAGACUUAAUCAUUUAUGAUAAUCAAUUAGAAACUUUUUAAAUAAUUAAGAAAAGGAUGCACAUACUUAAAUAUUUUAAUAAUUUUUGAAAUCAACUUAUCCUAGGCCUUAUUUAUUAUUUAAAGAAGAGAUGACACAAGUUAGACAAUUAAGAAGAGUAUUUAAAAUUCCUAUUGUUAAAAGAUAUAAAAUUUGGAGACCUUAAUAAAAUUUAGUAGUUAAUGAUAAACAAGAGUAAAAUUUCAAAACAAUAAUUUAGUACUAAGACAGAUAUCUAAAUUGAAAUUAUUAGAUAAUGGAUUUAUGAAACAAUUGAACUAUUUAAAAACCAAUAGAUAAUAAACUAUAUUUUAAUUUCAGUAAUAUUAAAAUAGUUUAUAGAUCUUAAUUUAGAUAAACCAUUUUUUAUACUUUGUUAAAUAUGAUUAUUGAAACUGUUCCUAGAAAAGAUUAAUUAUCAACAGUAUUUUUUAGUGGACUUUUAAGUCAUUUAAGUUAGAGAAAUGCUGAUAAUAUUAAAAAGUGGAAUGAAAUAUUAUUGAAUAAUUUAUUGAUUAAUUACCUAUGA